UGGGGGCCGCCUGGUCACUCAGCCAGCUGCCCUCCUCUCCUGCCCUGGCCUCCAGUUCUCCAGGUUUCACAGGCGAGCUCACCAACAGCCACAGCUCAUGAUGGAGGCCAUCAAGAAAAAGAUGCAGAUGUUGAAGCUGGACAAGGAGAAUGCUCUGGACCGGGCAGAGCAAGCUGAAGCGGAGCAAAAGCAGGCAGAAGAGAGAAGCAAGCAGCUGGAGGACGAGCUGGCGGCCAUGCAGAAGAAGCUGAAAGGGACAGAGGAUGAGCUGGACAAGUACUCUGAAGCUCUGAAGGACGCCCAGGAGAAGCUGGAGCUGGCAGAGAAGAAGGCUGCUGACGCUGAGGCUGAGGUGGCCUCCUUGAACCGUAGGAUCCAGCUGGUAGAAGAAGAGCUGGACCGGGCCCAGGAGCGCCUGGCCACUGCCCUGCAAAAACUGGAGGAAGCCGAGAAAGCCGCUGACGAGAGCGAGAGAGGCAUGAAGGUGAUUGAGAACCGAGCCCUAAAAGAUGAAGAAAAGAUGGAGCUCCAGGAAAUCCAGCUCAAGGAAGCUAAGCACAUUGCGGAAGAGGCGGACCGCAAGUAUGAAGAGGUGGCUCGGAAGUUGGUGAUUAUCGAGGGGGACUUGGAACGCACAGAGGAACGAGCUGAGCUGGCAGAGUCCCGUUGCCGGGAGAUGGACGAGCAGAUCAGACUGAUGGACCAGAGCCUGAAGUGUCUGAGUGCUGCUGAAGAAAAGUACUCUCAAAAGGAAGACAAAUACGAAGAAGAGAUAAAGAUUCUUACGGAUAAACUCAAGGAGGCGGAGACCCGUGCUGAGUUUGCCGAGAGGUCAGUGGCCAAGCUGGAGAAGACGAUUGAUGACUUGGAAGAUGAGCUCUAUGCCCAGAAACUGAAGUACAAGGCCAUUAGCGAGGAGCUGGACCACGCCCUCAAUGACAUGACCUCUAUAUAAGCUGAAAUGCACCAAAGAGGAGCACCUCUGUACACAAAGGAUGCUGGACCAGACUCUGCUUGACCUGAAUGAGAUGUAGAGCACCCCGGUCCCGCCCUGCCGCUGCUCCUCCCCCUGACCCUGACUCCGCCUGAGGCCAGCCUGCCCGAAGCUGGCCUGGAAACUGAGGGCUGAUCUUUAACUGGAAGUCCGCUUUCUCCUUUUUGCCGCCUCUCCCACCCCAACCCCUGUAUCUUUUUCGCCAAACUGUCUCUGCCUCUCCCCUGAGAUUCCAGUCGGGCUUGAGGCCGAGCACCUUUGGGAACAACGUUUAAGGGAAUGUGAGCACAAUGCAAAGUGUCUUUACAAGCAUGUUGUGAUGUACACAUUUUGUAAUUACCUUUUUUUGUUGUUGCUGUAGCGACCCAUUUGUAAAACAUUCCUAAUAAUUCCACAGUUCUGAAGCAGCAGUCUUAGUCCUUCCUCACUUGGAAGGUUUGGAAAGUUAACUUUUCAGCCUAACGCACACUGCUCUCUCUGCAGAGGAGGGAGAGCGGCAAGGCCUGCCUGCCUACUGAGGGCCAGAGCCCCGAAAGGUACCCACUCUGGGAAGCUUCGUUGCUCUGUCCAAAGUACCGGCCAAAUUAGAAAGGUGAUUCCAGGAGGAGUUAGCCAAAAAAGUGUGGCUCAGGGUUUCAGCUUUAAGGUAUCUUUGAGCAACUUUAAUUUCUUUUCAUCAGAAGUGACCAAACAAAUUAAGGUGUGAGACCUCUGUCUGAGACCAAAUCCCUGUCCGAUCCUCACCCCUCUCUCUCCUAACCGCUCACAGACAUGGAUCAUGUCCCCUUUAUGUUGAGGUGACCACUUAUUUGCUCUCCUGCCUCCUUGAAAGAAGAAAAGAAAAUUACAUGUUUGCCACUGAUUUAGCCACAUGAAACAAACUUAUCUCGUCACCCUUCUCUGGGACUGAAGCUGCUGUCUCUAAAAGUGCCACGUCAUUGUGCUUUGUGUUAGUGCUGGAGAAAUCUUGAAUAGCUGACGUACAAAACCGUUUUUAAAUUUUAUAUUAUUUUGAAACUUUGCUUCUUUAGGGUUGGGGCACCCUGGUCAACUCUGUCAGGCUGAGAACUGUACAGUCUGUGGGCUGACGGUGCGCUGAUCUUUUAAAAGUUUCUUUCCCUGCCCAAUCCCCCCUUUUGGUGAGGUUUCUGUGAGGUCUGUUAGGUGUGCAUCCGGCAGCUUCUUGGCUUACAAUGCACUCUCCUUUGGUGUGCUCUCUCUGGGGCCGAUUGAGAGAAAGAAACCAAUAGUGCAACUGUUUUGAUACUGAAAAUUGACAACUGUCUUUUUGAAAUAAAGAACCAGUCCCUCCAA